CUUGCAGGGUAUGGAGUGUUUGCCACCAUGCUGAUCGAGGAGGGAAGUUUUAUAGUGGAGUACAAAGGUGUUCUGCGGGGUGCAGCCGAAUGCAGCCCUGAUUCUUAUUCAUACUACUUUAUAUAUAAUAACACACGCUAUUGCGUCGAUGCAUCAGUGGAUGAUGGGUCUCUUGGGCGGCUCGUUAACGAUGAUAGUAAGCCGAAUGCGAAGGUGAAGAUCAUCUCUAUCGGCCACAUCCCGCAUUUGUGCUUGUUUGCUCUGCGAGACAUUCAGCCAGGAGAGGAGAUCACCUACGACUAUGGGGGGUAUGACCUGCCCUGGCGCAGAGGCACGUGGCUGUGUACGGCGAACCCUGCUCAGAUUGUCAAUGAGGAUGGGGUAAAUUUUCUCUUGUCAUGUGAUUUGUGAUGUGUGAUUGUGAGUAUGAUCAUCAUUGUGAUUGAUUAACUUGAUUAUAUUAAGCAGGAGUGUGAGGAACCACCAGCAGAAUUGGACACUACAGAACAAAAGUGUGAAGAAGCAGAAGUGCCAGUGAAAGUUGAUAAAGCUACUCAGACGAUAGAACAGGUAAUAUGUUUUAUUUCCGGUAAUUUGUUGUUCAAAUUCUUUACACUAGUGUAUGAAAGUAAUCCAGUACCGAUGGAAUUAUUUCUCGCUUGUUUCCAGAACACAUCUUUGCAACAGAUGACCUGCAUUCCAGAUCUGACCUCACAACAUCAGCACUUAAGUGAUGAAGAGCUGAGAUCUAGUAAAGAAGAAGAAGAAGAAUCUCAGAUAACAAAUCAGGUGACUGAUGAGAUGGUAAGGAUGGAGUGUAAGGACGAGCCAGAACUGCAAAUUUUGAAACAGCAACACACUUCUAUGGACGUUGAAGCUUGUGUGGAAUGUCCAGUCGCGUCUGCUGCACAGCAACCUUGUGAGAAUGAGGAGGAAAAUCACGGGGGGUGCAGUGACGACUGCCCUGCUGUAAAUGAACAGAGCAUGCGUGAAGACAUGCAGCCGGGUAAACCAUGUCGAAUGCAGCAAGUAGAAAAGAUGCAGGAGGAUGAAGAGACACAGCAGGAGUGUAAUAAUGAUUCAUCUCAGACUCGGAACGCUAGACAGAUGAGACCACUGAGAGCGACAGUGAAGAUAAAUAUUUCAAAGAAGAUUAUGUCACCUGAAGCUGAUCACGAUUCGUCCCUUAGUGACGAGGACAGUAAUGAGGAAACGGACUCAUCAGAUGAAGAAUUCGUACCCGACUCUGAAACAGAAUUGGACGAUGAUUCUGACAUAGAGAGGCCUAAAAAGAAGUCCAAAACUUCAGUCACCCCGGGAGAUCUUGAUCGGACGCCUCAACAGAUCACACUGGAAACAAACCAGCAGCCGUUAUCACCAAUUAGGAAUCACAUUCUCACCAAAACUACAAAGCUUAACUUCUGUUUUGUUUGUGGAAAGCCUCGCGCAAAAAUCGCCAGGCAUUUAAAAUUGCACAGAAACGAAAGCUAUGAGAUCGCGACCGCUUUUAAGCUGCGGAAGAACUCGAGACAGAGGGCGCACAUACUUGAAGUACUCAGGAACAGAGGGAAUUACCAACAUAACAAACUCGUUCUUGUUAAUGGCACUGGACUGAUAAAAGUGAAAAGAAGCCCAAAAUAUAAUAUUGACACACAGAACUUUGAAUACUGCAUGUACUGUAAAGGGCUUUAUUUGCGUAAAGAGCUUUGGAGGCAUGUUAAACGCUGUCUGUCAAACCCGGAAAGCGACAGACGGAGAAAUUCGAGAUCCGUCUCGGGCGUGAUGGCUUUAUCGCGGUGUCCGCAUUUGAAAAACAUUUCAGAGGAUGUAAAGAAAAUGCUUUGUGAUCUGCAUCAGGAUGAAGUGGCAGAGACCGUCAGAAACGAUGAGUAUGUCCUGAAACUGGCACAAGAUUUCUUUGAUAAAAAGGGCAAUAGCAAAGAAAGUCAUGCAUUUGUCAGACAAACCAUUAGAUGUAUCGGACAGUUUUUGUUCCAUUUGCGCAACAAGUACAAGAUAGGGCACCUAGCAGAGGCUAUAAAGCCAACCAACUUUACAGUGCUUACGGAAGCAGUGAAAGAAAUCGCUGACUUUAUUGAGGAAAAACAGUGCUUUGGAAUACCAAGCCUUGCACGCAGAAUUGGACUUACUUUGAGGAAAUAUUGCAUCUUGAGUGCAAAGAAAGCAGAUGCAGUUAGAGACCAAAGACUUAAAAAGGCAACUAUUACGUUUAUGCAACUUUUUAAUAAUGCGCUCUCUCAGUUUGCCUUAGGUGAAAAAAAAACAGGCGUUCAGACCAAUCCUUUUUUAAUGCCGUUUGUCAACGAUGUGAGAAUAUUCCACUGCUAUCUGGAAAAGGCUGCACAGUGUGCCGUGAAGCAUCUAAGGGAAAGACCAUCUGCUCAGCAUUACGCUGACCUUUGCAAAGUGACCCUGGCACAGAUCCUGAUGUUUAACCGCAGACACGGCGAAGUCUCACAAAUGACCAUCAAAAGCUUCCAUGAGAGAGACAAUCAGAGAGACGUGCAGGCCCCUGAAAUCUCCGAGGCACUAACAGAAUUGGAAAAAGUCUUUUGUGCCGAGUUUUGUAAAAUUCUGGUUCGACAGAAAGUAGGAGUGCUGGUGCCGAUCAUUUUAACUCCCGACAUGAUCAACGCGCUUAUGCUCCUGAUUGAUAAGAGAGACCGAUGCAGCGUACCUAGAAGCAACAUAUAUGUGUUUGGCCAACCCAGAAAUAACAGGUGCUACAGAGGAGAAAAUGCCCUGCAAAUCUGUGCCAGGGAGUGUGGUGCGACCAAUCCUAAUGAGCUAACAUCCACCAAAUUCAGCAGACACAUUUCCACACUCUGCCAAGUCCUUACUAUGAAGAACCAUGAGCUGAAGAAUCUGGCCAAGUUCAUUGGUUAUGAUAUAAGCCUGAGUAAAGAAUAUUACAGGGAGUCUGAAGCCAUGCCUCGCUUAGCCAAAAUCUGCAAACUUAUUUUGGCCAUAGAAAAGGGAUUUGUAUUUGACAAGCUUGGACAGUCUUUAGAUGACAUUGUAUUACCAGAUCAGAUCACUGAGAGUGACAGUGAAGAUGAAUAUUUCGAGGAAGACGAUGAAUUUCUUAAAAAGGGAAGACCUAAAACCCCUAGUAUUUCUGCUCCAAAACCCGAAAAACAGGGAAAUGAAUCAACAUCCAAGGAACAGGAUAAGCAAUCUACAAGCAAAGAGCCUCAAAGUAUGUCUACAGAAGAGGAUCCUGCUCAGGAACAGCCCAAGCAGCUUGAGCAGCAAUACACUACAAUCAGAAAAAAUGUGACGUGGACAGAAGAAGAGAAGAACGCAAUCAUGAAGCAUUUCAAAGAACACAUUUACAGUGGAAGACUGGCAACACUACCUGAAUGUCGGAGAGCCCAAAUGAUGGAGGAACCUGUGCUGAAUGGUAGAUCGAUACAGAAAAUCAAAGACUUUGUAAGGAAUUAUGGAAUUUCCUUACAGAGGAAAAUGGCAGCUAAAGGUUAUUUGAUAAAGGAUUGUGCUUUGCAUCCCCAGCUGUCAAAUUCAAACAGCACAAAUGUUCAAUCCCCUCAAGCAGCAAACACCUCAGUGUCUAGUGAGCUAUCAUCUCAAACAGUAAAGCCUCCAAGCUCUGGUGUAGUAACAUCUCCAGGAACUGAUGUCAUGACAUCUGUUAAACUUCCCUCUCAAACAACAAAUACCACUGCUGCUACUAUAACACUACCCCCUCAAGCAAGUAGUGCUUCUGCUACAACACUACCCUCUUGAGCAAAUAUCAAUACUACUACUACUGCUACAACGCAACACCUUCAAGCAAAUACCGCUACUAAUACCACUGAAACACUAACCCCUCAAGCAAAUAACGCUACUAGUACUACUACUACUACACUACCCCCUCAAGCAAUUUCUGCUACUACCACAGCUACUACCCCCCGUUAGGGCAAAUACCACUAGUACUACUACAACACUACCUCUCGAGCAAAUGCUGCUACAACACUACUACCCCGUCAAGCAAAUACCACUACUCCUACUACAACUAUAACACUACCACCUCAAGCAAAUACCACUACUUCAAUGGUACCCCCUUUAAGGAUAUACCCCUGCUAGUUCAUUACCCACUCAAGUAACAAUCUCUACAACAAAACAAAAGAUAAUUAUAAACAUUUAAAAGAACGAUCCUCUCAUUCAGCAAACCAGGCCAUCUCCAGCCUUCCACUUCAAUCUUUAACAUCAAAUCAUAGCUUUUUGAUAGCACAGCUAGCAGGCUUAAACAAAUCCAGCAUCAUAAUACCCCAAAAACCACACAGGUUCUGGUGUACUACCUCACGCAGCACUCCUAUUAAAUGCAAGAGUUCUACUCCCUCAAGCACAAAAAAAAACACCACUUGCACUAAUGCACCAAUGUACUAACCUCAGCAGCUUCUCCGAUACCUCAAAUAGCAGUUCUAAAAUGCGCGAGUGUACCAUCUCUUAAAAAUGAAGGUUCAGACAAGACAGCAACUCCGGCACAACCAGCAAAUCAGUCCAACCCGAGCACAGUAACUUCUCACACAACAACUCGACCAUCCCAACCUUCUUAACUAAAUCUAAUUAAGAAGACUACCACAUUAAGAAACUGACUAAAACAUCUAGAGUAGCUUACUUAAGUCUUAAGUAAGUCUUAUUCCAAAGUCACCUAUUCUGCAUGUGUUCAAGGAUACUUACAGCAGUCGCAGGUCUUGACAUAUACAGAAUAUUAACCACAAGCAGAAACUCUAGAUUUACCUUCUCAAGACUUCAUUCACACCACCUUAAACAGCAUAUUCAACCAACUCUAAUGUUCUACUACCCAAGGAUUCCUGUUUUAAUAGUUAGACUGGUGUGGACCUGACUGGUGUGGACCUGACUUGUGUGUCCGAUGCAUCCACUGGCUGCUUGCCUGAUUAGAUUGAGAUCUGUGGAUUUUGGAGAGUGGCUUAGUGGUCU